AUGACCGGGCAGAAUGGACUGCAUCGCUCAAGCUGGAAAGUGGAAGCUAUUCGACGAGGAGAUAUGAAAAUUAGCGGACCAAUGCCCAUUGAAGAGGAUACUCGGUUGAAUGGAGAGGGGGAGAUGGAGCUCGCAGGGAGACGGGAGUUGGAUUUGCAUUCUCAGCCGCAAGACGUCCCGGCGCAGCAAAACCAACGAUCACAAUCACCACUGCAGUCAUCACAACCUCCAACAAAAGUUUCAAAAGAUUCGAUACUUCGAGAUCCAGAGCAUGCAGAAGGCCAGUUGCCACAACGAGAAAAUGUGCGAAUGCAACAGCUACCGAUAUCCCCGCUCAGAAUGCACCAGGUAAACGCGACGCCAUAUGAGAGCAUUGUUCAGUCUACUCCGCCCACAACUCCCACUCCCUUCCGAGGAACACCAGAGAGCAUGACGAAGGCUGCUCAGAAGAAAAAUCGCAAGAGUGGACUUAGGAAUGUGUUCAGGAAAAUACUUGGGCGGAAAGAUCGCGAGAAGGUGGAAGAGCAGCAGGAAGGAAAUGUGCAUAGAGGACACAAUUAUCACAGCAGUGAUCCUGGACUGUUGAGACAAUCACCACCGAGAGAUAUACAAACACCCAGUGGACCACGGAUAUCAGAAUUACCAGUAGAUGAGUUAAUACCUCUUCAUCCGAUCGGGCUGCAACUCCCGUUUCCUAUGAAUGUCAACGCGCCGCAAGCAAGUUCGCCACAGGAGUACCUCAUUUUCGGACAUCAAAAACCAGGCAUUGUCCGAAGAGCGACGCUACCCAACGCUCGUGCCUCCACGUCUCAGCGACACAGUGUCGACGAGCCCCGUGGGAGACUAUCACCCUGGGAUGAGGGACAAAAUGAAAGCUCGGCACUGCCGGAGAUUGGCAUCGCACUGACCAGCCCCGUUCAAGCCAGAACCUCCAUCCAAUCUAAGCGUAGAUCAAGAAGCGCCGGCGCUUUGCACGACUUAUCCCAAGCUCGAACAUCAAUUGAUAGGAGUAGAAGCGCUGAUAUUCGGUACUGGAGAGAGAGUGGUGCCUCUGCGAGUACUUUCAAUUCACAUGCAAGGCCACAGACCGCAAAAACAACAGAAAUGGUACGAAGCGUGCAUACGCAAGAACCAAUUGUCCAACAACAGGAGCCAGUUGCUGAAAUGAGUGCGACACUUGCACAUUUCGACGAGCAAGAGGAGCAGGAGGCACAAGAGACUCAAGAAGAGCAGCAUGAGCAAAAUCACUGGAACAAGGAAGCACCCGUGUCAGCUUUUAAUUUCGGCGAGUUCCAGCGCGGCCCCUUCGCCGAUGAGAAACCCCUGGAGGUACAAGAGCCACCAAUACCUGUGCGCAGCGAGAAGAGGCUUUCCAUCGAAGACCGUGUAAAGCAUCUGGAAGGCGGUCUACACGUUCUCGAAUCAUCAAUGCGCCGCAUGUCAACCCGCAACAACCGCCAAACCAUUGUUCUUGAAAAUGCUCCAAGACAUACACGCUCGCGCAACCGCAGUUCCUCGCGUUCUAUAUCCGUGUCGAGCUUUUACGAACAGCCCAUCAUCCACCAAGCUGGCGACGACGAUAUGAACCACGCGCCUUUCUUGUCGACUACAACGCCUGCCAGCGAGGUCAAGGAUUCGAAAGAGUUAGUAGCCGUGUAUGAAACACUAGCACAUGAGCGCGCUGCCAGGAGCGCCUUGGAAAUUCAAGUUCGCACACUACAACAUGACGUUGCCGACCUUCGCAUCCUAGUCAACAGACUCUACACCUCUAAGGCCAUGGUAGAACCCGCAUACACUACGUCUUCGCCUAACUCUUCCCACGACGAACGUUUAUCCACUCCAAGAGCGAUGCGACACAAAGCCUUGGUAAGAGUUGAUGUGCGGGAGAGUGUUCAGAGUCGCUUCAGCCGCACAGAUAGUGAGAGUACGACUGGAGAGUAUGACAGGAGGAGCUUCUCGAGCGGCCACGACGACGUGGUGAGUCCGGACGUUUGGGCUACGCCGAGUGAGGGGACUUUCUUCCAUAGUGCGAUGCCAACGCCUCGGGUGGCUGCAUAG